GCUAAAUUAAACUUUCACUGUUAGGCCUAGUAGCUUCGGAUGAAAUCAUGACACUUAUAAAUAAUGUCUAUGGUGGUGUAAUACAAAACUGAAACGCCUUUUAAGGGCAUUGAUCACAUAAAUAUUUGAGAAUGGAUGGUGGUAUAGCAACUGCACAAAUGGAUGCCCCAAGGUAUGGUGGGCAGCGAAUGGGACGAGGAUAUGGCAGGGGAGGAUUUGGCCGUGGGGCAGGUCAACCAGGUGGAGGCGAUUCUGGAGGAGCUAUGGGACAAGCAGUCAUGUUUGAUGGGAAACGUAUGCGAAAGGCAGUCCACAGAAAAACUAUAGAUUAUAAUUCUUCAGUGAUAAAUUAUCUACAGGAUAGGAUAUGGCAGCGUGAUCACAGAGAUAGACGAGCUCUUCAACCAGAGUCUCUGUAUCAGAUUGAGCUGACACCACCUUUGCAUAUGAAGGACAAUCCUAUGAACUGUGUAACCACCAAGUUCAUUCGUACUUCAACAAAUAAAUUCCGAUGUCCUAUCUUUUGUUUAGCAUGGACACCAGAGGGCAGGCGGUUAGUGACGGGAGCAUCAAGUGGAGAGUUCACUUUGUGGAACGGUCUGACUUUUAACUUUGAAACUAUUUUGCAGGCCCAUGACACAUCAGUAAGAGCCAUGCAAUGGAGCCACAAUGACCAGUGGAUGGUGACAGCAGACCACUCCGGCUUUAUCAAGUACUGGCAGACCAACAUGAAUAAUGUGAAGAUGUACCAGGGUCACAAGGAGCCGGUGCGCGGGAUAAGUUUUUGUCCAACGGAUAAUAAAUUUGCGACUUGCUCAGACGAUGGAACAGUCCGAAUAUGGGAUUUUUUGAAAUGUCAUGAAGAAAAAAUUUUGAGAGGUCACGGAGCAGAUGUCAAGUGUGUGGACUGGCACCCCCAGAAAUGCCUGAUUGCCUCUGGUAGCAAGGACAACCAGCAGCCUCUCAAAUUAUGGGACCCAAAGUCUGGAUCCAGUCUAGCCACCAUUCAUGCACAUAAAGGAACAGUUAUGAACCUGAAGUGGAACCAGAAUGGCAACUGGCUGCUAACUGCAUCUAGGGACCACCUGAUGAAACUUUUUGAUAUCCGCAAUAUGAAGGAAGAAUUCCAGACCUUUAAAGGACACAAAAAGGAAGCUACAGCGGUAGCUUGGCAUCCAGUACAUGAAGGGCUGUUUGUGAGUGGAGGGUCUGAUGGAGCUGUCAUGUUCUGGAUGGUUGGAACUGAUCGAGAGGUUGGAGGGAUGGAAGAAGCCCAUGAGGGCAUGGUAUGGAGUUUAGCUUGGCAUCCUCUUGGCCAUAUUCUUGUGUCCGGAUCCAAUGACCACACGACGAAGUUCUGGACACGAAAUCGCCCUGGAGACAGAAUGAGGGAUAAAUACAACUUAAACACCUUACCAGGAGGAUCUGAACAUGAGAUGCCUGAAUUUGAGCCAGACAAUUCAGGAAUGAGCAACAUUCCAGGGAUGGGAAUAACUCCUGCUGACAAAAUGAUGAAUGAACAGAUUAACAAAAAUCAAGAAAAUGAGGUAGGUGCAGAGGAACUGCCGUCCAUUCCUGGCCUUGACUGGUCAGCAGAUGAACAGUACUUCAGGGAACAACAACUUCUUAGAGAGAUACCUAAGAAGAAAAUUCCUUAUGCUCGUCCAAUUCCCUGGGAAUUUGAACAGGCCUGGAUGGUAAAACACACAGGCCUCCUGGUGCCAGAUGGGGAGGGAGAAGAAUUGACAGGUGGAGAAGGAGCAAAUCGUGGUGGGGGUGGGAGUAGAGAAAAACGCAGGGAGCGUCGGAGAAAACAACAGAUGGAAAGGACAAAUGAAAACCAACAGGGACCAGGUGAUGGCCCACCCAACAAUAACCCUCCUCCUCUCAUGCAACAGGGCAUACAGUCUAAUCAGAUGCUUGGUUCAGGAAACCAGAACAAUGCUCCAAACAUGAUGGGUCCUGGACAAGGCAAUAUGCAAGGUAGAGGGCUUCUAGGCAAUCAGCCUGUCGGAUGGGGUCAGCAAGGUCCAGGUGGUGGUCCUGGGGGCCCAGGAGGUCCUGGUGGGCAGGGCAUGAGACAGCAGGGACCAGGACAGCAGAAGCAGGGCAUGCCUCAUGGAGGUGGGCGCUCUCAGGCAAUGUCGGGACCACACAGGAUGCAAGGUCCAAACCAAGGUGGUCAGGGAUUCCACCAAAAUGAUCAAGAUUUCCGAGGACAAUGGAAUCAUGGUCAGAGUGGAAACCAGGGUAACUUUGGAAAUAAUGACAUGCAUAACGACAACCAAUUUCAAGGUGACCAAGAUUUCCGCAAUGAUCAGGACUUCAGGGGUGAUCAGGAUUUCCGACAGCAGCAACAACAACGGAAUGAUAAUCACAAAUCAAAUUUUAAUGAUGGACAGACAUUUAAUCGAAGAGGAGGCGGCACUCAGCGUGGUGGUAAUCCAAGAGGUUUUCAUGGUAACCAGUGGGAGCAACAGAGAGGUGGUAAUGACAGAAGCACAAAUUUUGGUGGUGAUCAUGGUAACAGUAAUUUCAGUAACCAUGGUAAUGACAAUUUCAUGGACCAUGAUGACAGAUUUGAAAAUCGAGGCGGAGGUGGCAUGAUUCAGAACCGUGGCAGGGGAAGGGGUCAGGAUGACCGCAGGCGUGGACGAAGAGGAGAAGGGGGUCACAAUUUUGGGGGGUCACAAGAGAACUUUAGCAACAAGAGACACUGGGAAGAAGGGCCUGGUGAUUUCCGACAGCAGCAAGGAAACCAAGGUCUUUCUGAUAUGGAAGCAGACCAGUCUGGCGGGUGGGGUCAAAAUAAUCAAAGAGGGCGUAAUUUCUCAAGUCCAGGUCGGGGAGGUAAUCGGGGUCGGGGAGGAAGAGGGGGUGACAGAGGAAGGGGUGGUGACAGAGGAAGAGGAGGUGACAGGGGAGGCCAUAGAGGGGCAAAUAGGGGUGGAGACUGGGGUGGGGGACGAGGCUUUGGGGGAGGGGGAAGGUAA